CCUUCCUUUAACGAGGAUAUUUCUCCAGCCCCGCGAAUAUAUAAGAACACUGCUACUGCCAUGGGUUUGUAGUCGAUCUCCAGACUCCUCUGUAUCUACUGAAGACUCAACGAGGCUCGACCAUGCAGCUGUCUGUCCUGGUGUUGUCCGUGGGCCUCGCUCUGUGCGGGGCGGUGCCACGCUACGAGCUGCCCGGACCCUGGCCGGCGACCCAUCAGGGCCCCUUCCUGGAGCGCGAGGAGGCCGCCAUGAUGCCGGCGGAGUUACUGAUGGCGCGGGAGAGGCCUCGCCGCUCGCUGCAGCCAGGCGCGCCGCAGUACCCGCUGCCCGGCGCGCAGCCCGCCCAGCGCGACAACGACGUGGCGGUGUCGGCGACGAGGGAGCGCGGCGUGGGCACCGUGGUGGACGCCCAGGGCCGCGCCAACGUGUGGCGCAGCGACGACGGCAACACGCGCGUCGACACGCACGGCCGCUGGACGCGCGUGUACGACGGGCCGGCGCGCGGCCAGCGCUCGCACAGCGCGGGGGUCGUGUUCUCGCACCGCUGGCGCUGAUCCUCGCCCGUGCACAACAACACGUGUGAACACAUACAUCUGCCUUGCUGCAGAAAGAUUGCAAAGAUAACUUUUUAAUGUGUCUAAAGUAAACCUUGUAGAGAUACGUUUCUGCACUGUUCUUAAAAUUUAUUAUUAUCUUUCAAUUUAAAAAAAAAAACUUUUCACCUGUAUGUAACUGCUACAUUAAUUUUAAGAGACACCAUCUGCUAUCCAUUGGAAACAUCGUAAAAAUAAAUUAACCGUUAUUUCUUUAUGAGCAUAAAUCCGAAAUAUUGCAAAAGAAUACAAUUUUUCAUUUCUGCAAUGUACCCGAGUUGUUGAGAUCUUGUUUGGAAUUUAAUUGCAAGUCAAUCAAACGAGCACAAAUAAAAAACUGUUAAUUUGUGUGAAUGUGCAAAUGGGUAAUGUUGCAAAAUUUGACAGUGUUUAAAUAUGAUAAUGUAACAUUUUUUUUCUUUUGUAUGAAACAUAUUGUGAUUUAUGAAAUAUGACAGCAAUAGGAAUUCACAAGUAUUCACAGGCACCAAUUUUAAUGUGUGGAGGGGUGUGAUACUUACGUUAUAGUUUUUGUCACAGGUCAAAGAGUAAAUAGUUCAAAAUAAUUUGGUCCUCCUUGAUUUGGUGCCAAUGCUAGCUUACGUUUUGCGGUAUAACUUCAAAAUUCAUUUAUUUAUUACAAACACGUAAUGUAGCCCUACAGAAUAAUUAUUUCAAUGACUGGCAAUAGUUUGACUGGUGUAAUUGCAUAUACGUGGAUAGAUCAAGAAUAAUCCUUAAAGUAAUAAUUACAAUCUUGUUUCAAAGUUUUUGUUUGAAAGAAAUUUAGAUACAAUUAAAAAAAUAUUUUAAUUUGAUAUUUACGACAUUAUUUAGUUUCUAAAAUUUAUUCUAAACCAUCUACUUCUGGAAAUAUUUCUGUACAGAUGAAAAACCGCACUUUUUCCAAUUUUUUAAAUAUUAGGAAAACGAUUUGUUACUUCGGUUCCAUUGACAUUGCCCUGUUUGUGUUUGAUUAAUAAAAUUAUGUUUUAAACUGUCAUAUUUUAUGCAUGAUAAGGUUACUAAUGUACUAUUUUGCAGGAACACUAUUAGUCCAAUUGAGCUCUUAAGUUAGACAUAAGAUAUUUAAUCUUUAUAGAUAAGUUUGUAAAACUUUGGUAAUUCUUGUAUAUGUUCGUAUAAAUAUUUAAUAAAGUGAAAUGUAAUGUUUAGUAAAUGAAAAAAAAAGGUUUUAUGUCUAAACAAGGGCAUAUAUUUUCCUUUGAAACAUGCCAAUGCUAGACUCAGAUAUCUAAGCAUUCUACCAAAGAUAAUACAUAUAUAAAUUUUAUCAUACAUUUAAAUGUUUAUUUUAGCUUUAAAUUUAACUGAAAGUGAGGCUGAAGGAGGAAGGAAAAACUAUUAACGUGUUACAAGUAAUUUUCUUGGGAAAAGACCUAAUUUUUGUACCAUAAAAAAUUAUUCUUGUAUCGAAAGAUACUUUUCAAUUUUUUUAACUUAUUGAAACUUCGCAUUACAUAUACAUUAUACGGUAUAUAAUACUACUAAGUUCCGUUACAUAUUUAGGCCUAAAACUUUUUAAUUUAAAAUCAAAUACUUGAGCUCGAAAUGGUACAGCUUCCAUACCGAAUAAAAUUAUAUU